AAGGACGUGACCCGGCAGUGUGUGUCAGGCCAGGGUGUGACCAGGGUGUGUCCAGGGUGUGACCAGGGCGUGACCAGGGUGUGAGAAGCGUGUCCAGGGUGUGUCAAACUUCACCGUACGGCCGCCCAGGCGUAGUGGCGAAUGAUUCCAGUGGCAAAGCCUCAUCCGUACAGAGCACAGGAGUAUGUUUUUCAAUGGUACAUUCUAAGAGGUUAGUAUGUCCGCUGGGGAGGUGCCAAGAAGCCCCAGCGACAGCGAGUCUCUCAAUAACCAUGAAGAAGACGCAGAAGACCACAGAGCGGAUACUCAGAAGACCCAAAGCAAGACCAAAGUCUUUGGCUCGAAGAGACCAAACGAGGUCCCGGUUCUCUUAAACCGGAGGAGAAAGAUCGUGAACGGGUUUGCCAAGAGUUCUAAAGACAAGCGGCGAGUGAGAAGCAAAGAGGAGAAAGAUAAUGAGGAGAGCAUAGAGGAAAUUAUGAGAAAAGAAAAGGAUAGAAGGAGCACGGACAGCGGCCUAGGAAGGACGUCUGCUGAAGGGGUAGAUAGUCCCACCACCGAUGAUCAGGUGAAGAGGAAAGGAUGGGAGAGAGGAUCGGGCGGGUCAGAAGGACAAGAGAGAGGGAGGAACAGAACUUACAGAGGAUCGGGAGGGGGAAUCCUGAGGAAGGACGAGAUGACUCGUCUGGAGAAGGAACUGGAACAGGAGAUGCGCUACAGAGACACGUUGGAGCAGCUGUACGCGGUCAAGCGUUCCUUGACCGACAAGGAUCCGGACACCAUAGAGUGGUCGGUGGGCGUCCUGCAGCACAGUGUAGACGAACUGCAGAAACAACUUUCACACAUUGAUGAGGGCAACGAUGAAGGUAGCGAGUACAAGCUGAGGUACGAGGCGCAGCUGGAGUUGAACGACAAGUUACAGGAGCAGACCGUCUGGUACCAGAGCGAAGCCGACAAGACCAGAGAGAAGAUUAAGCAAGGUCAGGAGUACACGUAUGACCAGGACCUGGACCUGUACAAUGAGUUUGAGUUGCUACGGCUGGUGAAGAGUCUGGAGAAAGAGCGAAACAACUUGUACAGUGACCUAAGGAACCUCAGCUGGGUCCUCGACAACCACUCCAAGGAGUACCACCACCUGAAGGAGCUGAUCAGAGCCUACACGGGCGACCUCACCAUCGUCAACAGGUCGCUGGAACACCUGUGGCGCCAGCAGAGUAUCAACUAUGAUAGUCCCUUCACCAGAGGAUCAACUCCAGUCACUUCUCCAGGCGGAGUCAAGUGGAGAUUUGUGCUCGAUGCUGUUCGCGAGCGAAGCGGUCAGUCAGGAAUCAGGCCCAGCCAGAGGAUCCUGGACCCGCGGAAAGGCCCCAUCAGGAAAACUGUAGGAGUACGCUCCUUGCCCAGGCUGGACCACGAGGCUCUCGAUUACUACGACACCGGCAGCCUCUUCAGGAAGGCUCGCUCUAGGUCGAGAGGUCGUCCCCGGUUGAGAGCCAAGUCCCUGGAUGCCAAGAAGGAAGUGCCACUCCCGGAUGUGGUGGCUCCACUGAACCCAGGGAUGAGGGUAAAGUCAGGGGAAGUUCACUCCCUCAGGUCCUCGUCAGGAGUCUUCGACGAGUCGUGCGAGGCCAGUAAUGAAGCCUCCACCACCGCCUCCGUCGAACUCAGCUCGGACAAGAUGUAGGAGUCAAGUGAUUCAUGGUUGUCUUCCUAGGAGGCCGAGAGGGAUUGUCUCGUAGGCCAUGCAUGAGGCUACCCUGGGUGGUUGUGUCUCGUAGAAGGUCAGGAGGCUAUUUGGAAGCCGGUCGGCCGAGUGGACAGCACGCUGUACUUGUGAUCCUGUGGUCCUGGGUUCGAUCCCAGGCGCCGGCGAGAAGCAAUAGGCAGAGUUUCUUUCACCCUAUGCCCCUGUUACC